AUGAUGAUGACGAUGAUCAUGCGAUCAUAUAUAAGCUACAUCAAGCCCCAGGAGGCCGUUGCAUACCGGAACGUAGGCCACAGGAGCUGCACCAAGCCACCACAUCGCCUUUUCGAGACUUUUCCUUAUGUUGCUCCGCUCUUCAGUGUGACCGUGGAGGAAGUUUCGGCGUUCAGCCUCGUUGUGCUCGGCGCGCCGGGUCUUUUCGCCAUGGGUCGCUACGGGAAAGAGCUUGGAGCUUUAGAGAAGGACCCUGCAGGCAAGUAUCUGGAGGAGGCAAGGCGGCAACGCAAGGAGCGUCUGGGCUGGACCGCUUCUACCGUUAGGGUGCACGAGGCCGACGGAACUUGGCCAUCUGCCGAUCUGCCUGAUGGUGCGAGCGAAGAGGUGGUGACACAACUCCUGGAGGGGCUCACUGUGGGCUCUCGGAUUUCCUUUCGAGGCCUUGGGAAGGAAGACAGGGCCUUGGUGCACUCCCUGGCCCAUCGCCUUCCCGGCCUCUCGAAGUCCUCCCGUGCCGAUCCAGAUGCAGAAGGACAGCGAAUGGUCUGCGUGGAGCGUGUGAUGCCCGCGGCAGCCAUGCCGGCAGCAGAAGCUGCCAAGUCAGAGCCAGAUGCCGAUCCUGUUUUGCCUCGGCGAUCGCGCUGGCGACGUGCAGCCGGUGUCACCGAGGGCUCUGCUCCGGCCCAGCCUUCUGCCGACGUGUUGCCUGCCACUGGAUACCCGCUCCUGCAGGAGCGCACUCCCGCACCGUCGGCCAUGCCCGUCCCCACCCCGAGCAGACCAGCAGGAUUGAACUCAGCGUUUUCCAAGGUGAAAAGUCUUGGCAUCGUCUGGCUGCGGGACGAUAUGCGCCUUGAGGACAAUCCGGCCUUGUUCUACGCGGCGCAGGGCGGAUUCGACGCUGUGCUCCCCCUCUUCAUCUUGGAGCCUGACACCUGUCAUCCGCUACGAGGUGCCGGCCGUUUCUGGAAAUAUCAAUCGCUUCGGAUCUUCACCGGCACACUGAACAGACUCGACAGCUGCCUGGUCCUACGCCGUGGGAACGCUGCAGAGGAGAUUCCCCGGCUGCUCCUCGAGCUGGGCCUGCUCAGGGAUAUGCGAUCAACCGUUACGGUUCGGGUGCAGCUUUCUUUCAACCGCCGCGGCGAGCCCUGGCACCAAAGCUCAGACGAAGAGGUUGCCACCAGGCUUCGUGCCUACGGUAUCGAGGUCGAGAGCUAUCCCGGCAACGUCCUCUACGAGCCGCAGGAUCUGCAGCCCAUCGAGCGCUGGCAGAGGUGGCGGGCCAGGGUCCGGGCAGAGGAGGCAGCGGCCCGAGGGCUUCCGGCGGACUCGGCGGCAGCGAGCGGCAAGCCCAAGCAGCUGGAGCACAUCAGCGGCUUUGGCAGCUACCGUUUCUUCUCCCAUGCUCUGGAGGAGCUGGGCCCACCUCCCUUUCCCUUGGGCACAGUGGACCGGCUCCCCCGCUGCCCGGGCGUUGCCUCGGAGGACUUGGAUGCUUUGGGACUGGGCGAGACCUCAGGUCGAGGCUUCUCCGCGGACUUUCGCCAGAGCGCCAGCCACAAAUCUGGCGACUGGGCUGCCGGCAUCAGGUCAUGGUGGAAGGUUGGUGAAGCUGCGGCGAACGAGCGGCUUGGACACUUCCUCGACUCUGUGCUGGCUGCGGGUGAUUUCGAAGGUCGGAAGCGAUUGCUCUGCCAUGAGCGGAACACAUCCGAGCUUUCCCCGUACAUCCGCUUCGGAGAGAUCUCAGCUCGAAAGGUUUACUGGGCAGCGAAGCGCCGCAGAGAGCGAACCAAUCAGAAGCUCUUCGAGAAUCCCGGCUACGAGUACGUGGGAAGGCACGCGAGCUAUCAGGGAAAUCGGGACGAGGCCACCAAAGCCAAUGCAACAUUCCUCCGGCGCUUCAUCUGGCGGGACCUGUCCUACUGGUUCCUGUGGCAGUUCCCGAGCCUGCCACGGACGUCCUUGCGACCGCAGUACGAGGAGCAGACCUGGAGCGGCACCCGCCGGCAGCUGCGGCACUGGCAAAGAGGUUCCACUGGGUUCCCUCUUGUCGAUGCAGCCAUGCGGCAGCUUUGGGCAGUGGGCUGGAUGCCGAACUACCUGCGCCAUGUGGUGGCGCAGACGCUCAUCGAGUACUUGGACCUGACUUGGAAGCACGGCCUGGAGUGGUUUGACUGGACCCUUGUGGACAUAGACGUGGCGAUCAACAGUUUCAUGUGGCAGAACGGUGGCCACUCCGGCCCUGACCACUGGGAGUUUGUACUUCACCCGGUGAACGCUGCCAAAAGCUGCGAUCCAGAGGGGCACUAUGUCCGGCGAUGGCUGCCCUUCUUGGCCGGAUGCCCUACUGAGUACAUUCACAGGCCCUGGGAGAUGCCCCUGCGCGUCGCGCGGCCGCUGGGGCUUCCCAAGCCGGAGCCGUUGGUUCGGGAUCUCGACGCGGCGCGACGGGCCCAUUGCAGGCAGGUGUUGGAGGUCCGGCGAAAGCACCCGGAGAUGGUCUCCCGAACGGGCCAUGAAUGGCUUCGCUUGGGUGGCGGGCUUUUAGCAAAGCUUGUGACUAGGCAAGAGUUCCGCGCAGAGACCGAGGACUUCAUCUUUUACCAGGGACCGAGGCAAAAAGGCUCCAAAGGCGGAUCCAAAGGUGGAGGGCUGGAUUCUGGACGCAGCGUGCUUGCGGAGGAGGUGCAAAGGCACGAAAGCGACACCUUCGGCCCUGGCCUUUGA